AUGGCUAGUAUUCAUGAUACUGUAGAUCAUACCACAACCUCCAAUUCUGGAGGCUUCGUGACUUUUACCUUAGAUCCUUCUCACCCUUUGUAUGUCCGCCCUUCAGACAGUCCUGGUAUUCAAUUGGUUUCAAUACCUUUUAAUGGGACAGGUUUUGUUCUUUGGAGAAAUAGCAUGCUCACUUCCAUAUCUGCCGAAAAUAAACUAGGGAUCCUAGAUGGGAGAGUUGCCCAACCUACCCCAAACUCACCCUAUUUUCCUUAUUGGGAAAGAUGUAAUGAUAUGGUGAAGUCAUGGGUUAUAAAUUCUAUAUCAAGAGAGAUUGCCACAAGUGUAAUGUGCUUUAAGACUGCCAAAGAGCUUAGAAAGCUUUGGGAUGAACUGAAUUCAUCUUAUGUGGUACCUACAUGUUCAUGUGGAGCUCUUCCCAAAUUCAUUGAGGAUCAACAGUUGUUUCAAUUCCUCAAUGGAUUAAGUGAGUCUUAUUCUACUGUCAAAAGCACCAUCAUGAUGAUGAGUCCCUUACCACCCAUAAGUAAAGUAUAUCCCAUCUUGCAACAAGAUGAGAGUCAGAGAGAAACACCUCAUGCUCCCAGUUUCACUAGUGAUUCUGCUUCUUUUCUGGCCUCUCCCAACUCCUUCAAUAACACAAACAAGAACUUCACUCAGAGAAUCAAUUUUGACUCCAAAAGGAAUGCAAAUUCUGUGUCCUGCAAGUAUUGCAAGAAAACUGGACAUACUGUGGACAAAUGUUAUAGGUUGCAUGGUUUUCCUGCUGAUUUUAGUUCACCAAGAACAAGAAGUCAGCAUCUUGUGUCCAGACUGAAGUUCCUUAUGUCCCUCCUUCUUGCUCUCUUGAUGUUGCCUCCUCUGAUAAUUCAGCUCAUGGUUUCACCUAGGAGCAAUACCAACUUCUCCUGA